AUGGAAGAAUAUAAAGAAGAUAACAACGAAGAAUGUAAACAAAAAUAUCCAAAUUUUUAUCUAGCAGAUUUGUUUUAUACUUUACAAUUAUCAAAUUUAUCAUUAAAUGAAAGAAAUGAAGCAUUACUUAAAUUAUUUGAGGAAAUAAAGAAAAAUAACAUGUAUCCAUAUUAUAGCUAUGUAUGUGGAGAAUUAAAUUUAGAUAUGGAUCAGGAAAUGUAUACCACUUUGAAGCAAAAGGCAGAUGAAGAAAUGAAAGAAAUAGAAAACAAAAUCCAAGAAGCAUCUGAAAAUUUUGAUUAUGUUGAUACAAAAAAUGAUAUGUUGCUUAAAGCAAAUUUUUAUUGCAAAAUAGGAGAUAAGGAAAACUCUUUUAAGGAAUAUGAAGAGGUAUACGAAAAAGGUAUAGGGAUAGGUGUAAAACUUGAUAUUUUACUUACAAUUAUAAGAAUAAGUAUUUUUUUUAACGAUAUAAAUAGUACAAAGAAAUAUUUGGAGAAAGCGCGAGCUCAGAUGGAAAAGGGAGGAGAUUGGGAAAGAAAAAAUAAGCUUAAAAUUUAUGAAGCACUAAAUUAUAUUAUGAUUCGAAAAUUUCCAGAAGCUUCCAAAAUAUUAAUAGAUGCAGCAUCUACAUUUACGGCGACUGAAAUAAUAUCCUACGAUUCAAUUAUAUUCUACGUUAUUAUUUUGGGAAUAAUGACUGAAGAAAGAACUGUUUUAGAUAAAAAUAUAUUAAACAGUUCUGUUAUUUUACAAGUUACAAGUUCCGAUGAAGACUUAUAUAAUUAUAUUUAUUCAUUUUAUCAUUGCGAUUAUCGUACAUUUAUGGAAAAAACCAUAAAAAUAGCAUUACGAGUUAAGAAAGAUAGAUAUUUAGGACGUCAUUAUAGAUAUUUUAUUAGAAAUACAAGAGUUAGAGCAUAUAAACAAUUUUUAGAACCUUUUAAAAGUGUUACUCUUAAAAAUAUGGCAUAUGCUUUUGGAGUAAGUGAAGAUUUUAUCGAAAAGGAAAUUUCAUCUUUUAUUGCAAAUGGAAAAUUAAAUUGUAAAAUCGACAAAGUUAAUGAUUCCAUUGAGAGCAACCAACCAAAUGAAAGAAAUACAGUAUAUCAAGAUACCAUAAAAAAGGGCGAUAUUUUACUAAACAGAAUACAAAAAUUAUCAAGAGUAAUUGACAUGUAA